AUGCUGACCGGCUCGCGCUCGCUGCUUUCUCUCUUGCUCACCUCGCUCGCCCUGGCCUGCUCCAUCCUGGCCUUCUCUUCCAGUUACUGGUGUGAGGGGCAGCACAAGGUGGUGAAGCCACCCUGCCUCUCCCCCAUCAAGACAAAGAAUUGUGGAGCCACUAAAAGCCAGCCCUCCACCACACAGACCACCAAAGGGCAGAGCAGCAGCUCCUCAUCCCCGAUACCAACAGGCAGCGACAGCGCCAGAAAGUGGGAGAGGAAGGUGGAGAAGGAGAGGAAGGUGGAAAAGGAGAGGAAGGUGGAGAAGGAGAGGGAGGUGGGUGGAGAGAAGGAUUUGAACCACACAGAGUCCCAGCGCCGGCAGGAGCAGCUCCAACUGAGAGAGGUGCAGCAGCUCAACAACGCAGUGCAGUACAUCUGGGAGUCAGGAGAGGACAAAUACACCUUCCGAUACUUCCACACCGGCUUUUGGCAUUCCUGUGAGAGACAUUACGAUGGUGAGAAGUGUCGCAGUUUCAUUGAUCUCACUCCGGCCUCAGAGCAGGGAGUCCUGUGGCUCUCUGUAAUCUCAGAGUUCCUGUAUAUCUCUCUCCUAUCGGUUGGUUUCCUCCUCAUGAGUUUGGAGGUUCUCUGCUCCGGGAAUCAGAUGAGGAGACUCAAGAUCAACGCCUUCGCUGCCAUCUUCACUGUGCUGUCAGGGCUGCUGGGGAUGGUGGCUCACAUGAUGUACAUGACAGUGUUUCAGAUGACGGUGAGUCUUGGACCCAAAGACUGGCGUCCACAGAGCUGGGACUACGGUUGGUCCUUCACUCUGGCCUGGCUCUCAUUCAGUUGCUGUAUGGCCGCUGCUUGCCUCACUCUCAACUCCUACACCAAAACCCGUCUGGAACUGCAAUGCAGGCAGAGGCUGCAUUUGCACGAGGGGAGGGGAAGCCAAGCCCUCUCCUAUGAUGAUGUCAUGCUGGGGGCGGGGCACGACCGGCUCUUCUCAAUCAGCACUCUCCUGGAGCUCGGUGACAGAGGUGACCACGAUGACCACGGAGCAGGCCACACCUCCCAGCAACGCGUCAUAGAGUGGAUGGGGCCUUGCAUAGACCCGCCCCCUGUGUUUAUGGACCUGGAGUGUGAAGAGUGUGAGAGAGAGAGAGAGAUAGAGGAGGAAUCCUACAUCUCUGGCAUUCAACAUCAGUUCCGUCUUUCGUCCAUCCCUGCAGCAAAGCUCCUGUCCGUCCCGGCUAUCCGCCUGACUCUCCUCGACAUGGAAAGAGCUCUCCCGACAGCAGUGCCUUCCAAGCUACCAAUAUCCUCAGACGUCCUUCAACUUCUGAUCUCUGCACUCAGGAACGGCUGCUUCAAUCCAUUGGAUGACCUCACCAUGGUGGUGCUGUGUCUAUGUGCUUUCUUCGGCUUCCUUCAAAGUUCGGAAUUCUCUGUUCCUUCUCGAUCCAGCUUUCCAGCGCUUGGCUUACGAUGCUCUGACCUAUCCCAGCUUCCCGGUGGUCACGUCAUCCUUCUCCUGAGGUCCUCCAUGGCGGAUCAACUCCAUAGAGGUCAGUUCAUCCAGCUGUCAAAUAUUCACUCCUCCAUCUGCCCCAGCUCUGCUUUUAACCAAGUGUGGUUCUGCGGAGAGCUGGAGGUCCAUCUUUUGGGGGGGGUAGGUGAGUCUCACUCCCCUGGCCGGGCCUGGCUUCACCGCCCAGGUUCCUCUCCCACGGGCAUCCAGCAGUUGCCCGGCCCUCACACCUGA